UUUUAGCUAUCAUUGUCUGAAAUACGACAAAUUUAAAUAAAAUUAACGAAACCGAAAUAUUUUUUUUUAAAAUACAGUUGAACUACAUUACCCAUAAUGCGGCACCCAAUCGGUCGUCUUGUUAACCUCUCGCGGGCUUUGUUUUGAUAUGGCGGCAGGCUUCGAAACUUUUUGUCUGUUAUGUUUUUAUAACGCACAACUUCAUUCCAGUGACACCGCUUUUCGUCUAUGUUACAGUAAUCUGUCGUUCAAAUCCAGGAUUAGCUAGCCCUGCCUGGGACGGCGCGGCCAUCAUGUCAUCUCCAGUCGGGCUUCAGUUCUUACAGGCAGACUUCUUGGCCCGAUGGAUGCCAAGUAGCACCAGAGCCGGGGUGAUCCUUAACCCCCGUUCGGACUUGGCUGGCUCUUUGCGGCACACUUCUGCAGUAGGAUCCCCGUCCCUGAAGCCAGACGACUCCUUUGCCUCCGACUUCGCCCCUCUGCCUGCCUCGGCAGACAGCAGCUGCCUCGGCGUGGAUGGAUUUGCUGGAGGAGAGACGACUGGGACUGACAGGCCAGUGAACGAUCUGUCCUCCGUGCCUCUGAGAAAUUCAGAUGGAGAGUUGGAAAGUUUGGAUGAGAUGGCAAGCAAAUCACAAAAUCUGCCUGUAACGAUGAAACUAGAACAGUUGAGAAAAUGGCAGCAGCACAUGCAGGAGCAGCUAAAAGCCCAUCAGUUGGAGGAGCUGCUUCACCUACAGGAGGAGCAGCAAAGGUUGCUGGGAAUGAUGAAUGAAUCCCAGGACUGCACAGGAGGCACGUGGAACUCCACACAAGAUGAUCAGGAACAGCAUGUCGAUACGAGCCUUUGCCAUGCGCCUGAUGACGUGUUAAUACAAACUAAUGGUGUGGCUUUGACUGAGGACAACAACAGAACAGAAGAUAAAGACCUCCAAGACAGACCUAUUGGGGGUCAGAAGAAGACAUUUGAGGAGUUGUUGGAGGAGCAGCUGAGGCUGGAGGAGCAGAGGCUGAAAUUUGCCCAACAACAGCAGGGCCAAGAUGGGGCGGAAUCUGUACAAGCCCCUCCCAAGAGGGCUUUUUUGAAGCGAGGCGAGGGUCUCACAAGAUUUACCAACAAUCGCAAAGCCUUGUUACCAAAAUUGGAGGUGAAGAAGGACCCCAAACCACAACUCCAGGCCAGAGUAAUCUCCCGCAGCAACUCAGAGCCUGCAGCUCUCCAGAGAGGGAGCACAAAUGGUGUCCAGCGGCUUCCUGUCCAGCGUAAAACUGCAACACUAAACAAGGAAAACAGACUGAAAGAUCUCAGUCCCCCACCCCGGGACAUCAGUGCUGAGAACAAAGCAGCAUGGACAAAGUUUUUGGGUUGUCAUCAAAGACAGAACACUGAAAUAUCAGACUUGAUUCAAACUGACCCAGAGGUUAGACAGACCAAACAACUGGGGCAAGUAAAGGAGCAGAAUAAUAGGCGUGUGGGUCUGUCAACUCAGGCUACAAGUACCAAUACUCAGCCAAACCCUGUAACCAAACAGGUGGGCAUGGUAAGAGGGCCAGAGGAGAUGGAAAAUGAUGCAGCUAGAGAGAAAAGUUGUGGGUCAAGACGGGAAUCAGCAGAAGGAGGAACAGGAUCAGAGGGAGGAGAUGGAGUUCCACAGGACUCGUUUGAAUUGUCGUUCCAGGAGAAGCUCCAACGUUGGGAGCACGACCGGCAGUUGGAAAGCGUGGAGCUCGGAGAGUUUGAGCUGCUGGAGCAAGCAGCUGAGGAGCUGUCCUUCUCAUCCAACUCCUCCUUUGUUAUGAAGGUUCUUCAGAUGGACCGACUGCAGGCUGCCAGGGGGCUCCACACACGACGGCUCUCUUCCACUCCCAUUAAGUCACCUCCCAGAGGUGCAGUUCAUAGGUGCAGUAGUGUUGGUAGUAGUGGUGUUGUGGCAUGUAAAAGCAGUUCCACGAACUUUAAUGGGUUUCUGGUAAGAGACCAUACAGUCAAGAACAAAGUGAGCACUGAGGAUGAGGAGGAACAUGACAGUGGGAGUGAAGACAGGCAAAGGAACUCUGAUGUUUCAUCCUGUGGCGUCUCUGAAAUUGACGACCAGGAAGUGGUGGUCGAACCACCUUUGUUUCCUAGCACUCUUUGCUUCCCUGCACAGCCUAACCCGCCAUACGACAAGCGGUCCUAUCAGGAUGGGGACACUUCAGAUGAGACACAAGUUGACGAUGGGGAGAGCGACAGUGUACUCAGCUAUGCCGACGAGUCCACUUUAAUAGAGGACAAAGACGGGCAGCAGAACAGGGUUGUGUUUGAUGACAACGACACAUGGAACGAACUGGAGGACACUGCAGUCAGUGCAGCCAAUGAAAUUACAAGACUUCCAAAAUUAACAGCCAUUGGAAUCUCCCCACCAGAGCGGACUCUGCUGAGGAAGGUAGCAGUAAGCAAAAUUGUGGGGGUGGAUAAGAGCACAGGUAUCGGUUCAGCUCAUCAGGAGCCAGAUCCUCCUCCUCCUGCCUCCCAGCUCAUGACAAAGUUGUUCCCUUCCCUGAAGCCAAAGGCCCAGAAUGCACCUCUUCCUCCUCCUCCUCCUCCUGCUGCUGCUGCUGCUGCUUCUGUAUCUCCUGAAUCCAAAAUGCCAGAGGUGGAGACAGGCCAGCAGGUCCAGUCUAGACUGCUGAGGGAGAGACUGGUUGAGCUGGAGAUUGAGAUUGAGAGAUUCAAGAAGGAGAACGCUGCCCUUACCAAACUCAGACAAGAGAACGAGAAAAACCAGGAGAAUCUCAGAAAAGAGCGCUUGGAGUUUGAACAGAUGAAAGCAGAAGAGUUGGUCAAGUUUGAAGAGUACAAGAAAGAGGAGAACAGGAAGUUGCAGAAGGAACGCAAACUGUUUGAGAGGCACGCCGCGGUGGCCAGAGCCAUGCCCGACAAGAAGGAACGAGAGGAAAUCCAGGCAUUGAAGCAGCAGCUAAGCUCCCUGCAGGAAGAGCUGAGGGGGAGGGAGAGUCGCUGGUCAUCCACACACACCCGGCUGCGGCAACAGAUCGACUCCCUCAGGCAGGAGAACGCCGCUCUCCGAGACGAGAUUCAUUUGUUGGAAAAGCUCCGCCUCAGUGCCUUGAAGAAGAGCCCCGUCAGUGCAGAGAAGGACAAGGAAGUGAAAGACGGUCCCAAAAUAUCAGAAAACAGUGUGCCAUCUGUGACUAAAGGAGUGAAAUUUGCUAGUCCUCUUGACUCCAGAGGAAGCAGCAGCAGCAUCCCUCCACAGAAUAGCACUGCUGUGACCACUAUAAGAAGCUCCAAGGAUAACAGUCAGGGUGCUACAGCAGGGAUAAAGAGCAGCCUGAGGAAGCCAGCAGGGCCAGGCUCCUCUUCCUCAUCCUCCUCUUCUUCCUCACUGCCCAGCAGGAGGACAGAGGAGAGGUCAGCACCCGCCAGCAAGAAUCAGGACAAACCGCCAAGCGAAGAAAACUCACACAGCUGCUCUCCGAAAAGAGAUUCUCUGCCAAAAGAACCAGAGUGCGGUGAGGCUGAAGAGCCACAAUCAGCUCAGGAGGUUAUCACACACCCUGAUGGGAAGAUAGAGAAGGUUCUGACCGGUGGUGACCGCCUUAUAACGUUCCCCAACGGGACCAGGAAGGAGGUUUCAGCAGAUGGACUGACAGUCAAAGUCACCUUUUUCAACGGAGACACCAAACAGAUCACGGCCGACCAGAGAGUGAUCUACUACUACGCUGAAGCCCAGACGACACACAUCACCUACCCAGAUGGCAUGGAGGUCCUGCACUUCCCCAACAACCAGACUGAAAAGCAUUUCCCAGAUGGCCGCAAGGAAAUCAUUUUCCCAGACCAGACUGUCAAGAACCUGUUCCCCAACGGCAGGGAGGAGAGCGUGCUGACAGACGGGACCAUCAUACAAGUCAACCCGGACGGCACAAAGGAGAUCCAUUUCAACACAGGCCAGAAGGAGACCCACACGGCCGAAUACAAGAGGAGGGAGUAUCCAGACGGAACCGUGAAGACGGUCUACGCCGAUGGCAGGCAGGAAACGCGCUACCCCACCGGACGGCUCAGGAUCAAAGACAAAGAUGGCAAUGUAAUUGUGGACAACAGGAUGUAGAAACACGGUAUCUGUAAGGAUCCUGAGGAUAACUUCAGUAACACCAUGAUUCCUGCUCUACAGGGAGGUCAGAGGCUAACUGGUUGGGAUUUAGUUCUUUUCUAUUUCAGCUCACUUCUUAGUACUUCUGCAUGCUGCCAAAAUCAGAGCCAAAUUUACAGCUGACAAUCCACAGUAAAUGAGAUUUAUUUGAAAGAGGGCAAGCUGAUUCUCCUGCUCGUUAGAACUCUUAAUGAGCUCCUGCCAAGGUGGUUUCAUAUCUCCUGGCUCAGUUUGAAGGGGCGGGCAGGUAUUCAAACAGAUUGUGUUUGUGAUGACACGGUCAGUACCAAACCCUGGAGCAAGCUUACCUAAAUGGAAUUCAGCUGUUUUUUUUGGCUUGUAGUUUUUAUUUGUACAUCUGCAUUUCCUGUUCCCAUUCCCUGUCAAAUUAGCUGUUGUGAAAAAAGGGUGGAUAGGAAUGAGAGUGAUGUAGAUGUCCAAUCAAACACUUUGUCCAAAAUUUACUCUAUAGUGAUACAAAAAGCAGCUAAGCUUGUAAACACAAGCUGCAAUAGCUAACAUACUAACAACAGCAGCUAAAUGUUCAGUCGUGCAUUAUCAUAAACACUAUUUCCUGAAUGAGAAGUAAAGCACAUUCACACUAGCUGGACAUUAGAGAGCCUUGAGACUUUGUGUGUUGAAGCUGAAUCAGACUGAAUUUUUGUAAACUUGCAGUCCACCUGGAGAUUAGCAAUGUGCCAACAAAGUAAUUUUUUUCUUUACUGCUGUAAAGAAUGCAGGUUUCAAACAUUUGAGGCAUAGUCAUUGGACUUCAGGAUACACACGUUUUGUCAACAGGAACUUUGUUGGCGGGAUCAGUGAUGCAAAGGAUGUUUCAUGUCAAAAAAAGGUAUCUGAAGUUUUGCAGCGAAAUCCCUUAUUUAGUCUAAUAAGACACUUUGUUUAUGACCAGGACAUUUUUGGCUAAUGAUCUACCACCAGACUUCAUUCAGUCCUACAAAUCUGAAUAAUUUAACAAUAACGUACAAAGUACAUUUUCAUUAAAGUCCUGGAAAUUAUGAAAUGCUCUGCAGAACCAAAAUGUCACCUGUGUGUGAAAGUCAAGCAGGAAUAUAUCCUUAUUGUGUGUGCAGUGCUUUGGGUUUUAAGUGUUUACAUCAGUUUUAAUUUGUAAAUAUGUUAAAUGCAUAUUUAUGUUCUUAGAUGAUUAUAUAUUUUUUGUAAAAUAAAUUUUAACUUUUUUUUUUAUAAAUUUAGAAUCAUGAAUCUUUUUCUGAAUGAAUCUGUUUUCUUAAUUAUUGUGAAAGUGUACCUCUGCAGGAGAACUCGGCAUGAUAGCCUGCGUAUCAAAGUGUGUGUGUGUG